AUGGCUAGAGGGUUGUUUUUGGUGGUGCUGGUGGCGGCGAGUGUGCUGCUGGGAGUGCUGUAUAGGGAUCCGAUGACACCUGGGUGUAUGGACAUGAUCAAGUACACCGGUUACCAGAGCACAUCUGUUCCGUACUUGGCGGUGCUGAUAGAGCUUUUGUUGGACAUGUGGGGGAAAGUAGUGGAGUUUGUGCACCGAAAUAGGCUGUGCUGUACGCUGCAUAGGAAGCUGGGCCCGCUUUUGCAGCACCUGAGGAUAGUGCUGUACUACUUGAAGCCGUUUGCACAACAGGCGUCGAGCUCGUUCAACGAUGGGUUUGCGAUACUGCGUGGGAACCUGGACUUCUCGAGGAUAGACGAGGGUUACUCUAUGCUUUCGCUGAUAAACAACGGUAGGAAUGUGAUCGAGAGCGAUGAGGAAGAUGAGGACGAAGAAGACGGGGACGAGAAGAGCACCAAGAAUAAGAAACAGAGCAAGAAUAAAGAACAAGCGGAGUCUAGCAACGUGGACGCCAUUGUGGAUGCUGUACUGAACGAUCCUACAGACGUAACGUUACACAAAGAUACAGAUGAUAGCGCAGUACAGUUCCCACAACUAAGCGAACUAAUAAACACUGAAGUGCUCCUACAGGAAGGUGGGUUCAACAUUUGGGUGAAGAGUAUAUCCCGUAAAUUCAAGGCGAUCGAGAAUGAAUUAUCGCAAGAGGUCGACAACACUAUCUCGAGCACUGUUGUAUCUGGUGUUGAGAACUUCCAGAAGGAUAUCGAGGAACUGCGAUCCGACAUGGACGCGCAGAUUUCAAUUUUGAAGGACACAGUGCAGAACAUCAACUGCACCAUGAUAUACGACGAAAACACCGACAGUGUAUUUUACUAUGACCAUACGGGGCAAAAACUGCUGGACACAUAUGUGACAAGACCACUAAUCAUGCACCAUCUGAAGUCAACAGAGACUAGACUAGAGCAACUAGUCGAAGCAGUGAAGUUACAAGUGGAAAACAUGGUUGAGCAAUCACAUAUAGCCCUGGAGGCAGUACGAAACGAAACUAUAGAAGCAUACGAAGAAUGGGGGGACACAUUCUACACGGAGUGGUCGAAGUACAUGGCCUAUAGAGACAUAUAUGACGAGGACGGCGAGGAGCCCAGGCCACUGGCCAUCGAUGGCAAGGGUAAGGGAGAAGACCAAGGCGAUGACGAAGUCGCUAAGAUAUAUGAGGAUUGGUUCGAAUUCACUCUACACAAGAAGGACAUCAUCCAGUUCAGGGAUCAGCUGCUGCACAAGCAGCUGGACACCAAGAAACUGAAACAAUUUGAAACGAGCCUGGACUCGCAGCUUGACUCGCUGGAGAAGACAUACACAGCACAAAUCCAGUCGCUGCGGUCCCAGGCAGACAGACUCCUAAAGGACCGUGACCACAAAGAAGCACAGAUGUUCAAGCAAUGA